GAGCAGGGGCAGCUUGCCUACUGGCAAAUCCACGCCGAGGCAGCGUGGAACCGCACCGUGUACUUCACGGAGAUCUCGCGCGAGUUCGUCGGCGCGAGGGGCCUCGAGGCGAACCUCCCGGAGCUGGUGCAGUAUUGGUGGGACGAGGACUUCGAGGAGGACACGACCCCAGGGGGGUCCCUGCCGGUCAACAUCUACGCCUGCCUGUACGCCGGCACGGCAGACUUCUUCCGGUCGGAGCUCUUCCGCUCCUACUUCUCCGAGCUCGACUCGUGGAUGGGCUGGGACGAGCACUGCUGGUCGGUGCAGAACGUCCUCGCGGUCGCGGGCGCUUUCUUCAUCCGGGAUGUGGAGCUCACGGAGCUCGUGGUGUUCGGCCGCCACCAGCAGAGCAGCAAGACCCCGGGCGAGGGCUGGAACGAUUCGAGGAAUGGCCUGCUUCCGGCCCGCGGGGAGCGAGGUGCUCGGCCGCCACCGGCGGAGAAGCAGGGCCCCGAGUAG